AGCAGAGAGGGAGGGGAAGACCUGGCUCAGGCGGAAGCCGAGUACCCAGGCAGCCUCAGCACAACCUGAGUUUCAGAAAGAAGCAUUCAGAUUCUGUGAACUUUCUUCUAAACAUCCUCUCUCACAUUCCCCUGUUGGGUCAAAGCAGGGCGACGGGGACCACAGGAUAGGAAACCACAGAAGAUGCUGCCCAGGGAUCCCGGAGACAUGGAGGAGGAGAGGCCGGGGGAGGGGAAGAGCCGGGAGAGCAAUCUGUUCUGAAGCCAGCCAGCGAGCCGGCGAGCGAGUGAGCGGGGAUUCCAGGAUGAGGGAGGAGACCGCGUCUGCCGCAGAUUGAUGGCUGUGUCCUUGCAACGGAAGUGAAAUCUGCCUCCACCUGCUGCCAGCGGCGCUGUUCUGAGGGAGCCACUGGUUGGAGAAGCAGCCCCAGCCCUCCUGGCUGACUCCCAGCCUGUACCUCCGGGACUCAUGGCUCUUUCCCGCCUCAGCUGUGGCCCAGGCAGUGGGUGUCACUUGGGGUCCUCCCCUCCCUGGGGAUUCCAGAAGCCACAGAAUCCAAAGAGUCUCAGGCUUCCAGGAGGCCCGUGGAGAACGACACUCCCCUGAGCUUCCUCUCCAAAUCGCUCACCCUGGGGCCCCUUGAACUCAAGCCCACGAGGUCACCAGGAGACAUGGCCUCUGAGACUGUGAGUGCUGCAGCCCCAAGCACCGCCCUGCUUCCUAGUCGCUACCAGGCAAGGCUUGAGUUUUCUUAGAAGAGGCACCUUUCAUCUUCCUCACUGCUCCCCUCCCACCUCUCAGACACAGAGCCGAGAGGAAGCACCCGGCAGGCAUGGGCCAGAGGCACACAGAAGAUCAACAGGGACCCUUCCAACACCUGCUGGCAGCUGGGCCAGCACCUUCCUGGCCCCCUUCCUUCCCCAAGUGCUGAACAUCUUUUCUGCCCCUGGGGGGCCUCGGUGGGGUUGCCUGCCCUCCCUGGGCUCCAAAAGGCCACUUCCUACCCAUUUCAGGAAGCUCUUUGGCCCCUAGAGGCUUCCAGGAGAGGCUUGAGCCAUGACCCCACGUGCUCAGAAGCCCCACCUUUGUGGCUCGGGCCCCUGAUGUAGCUGCCUUCCUGUGCCACUGACUCUCGGUUCCAUGGACACAACCUCCAUGAGCUCCCUUCAGUACUGCUGUUGGCAGCUGCCUGAGACGGGUGACACCUGAACCCAGCUGCCGUGGCCUGGGCCCGCUCACCCAGCCAUGCUGCUCAUCUCCCUCCUCCUAGCAGCUGGCCUGAUGCACUCGGAUGCCGGCACCAGCUGCCCAGUCCUUUGCACGUGUCGUAAUCAGGUGGUGGAUUGCAGCAGCCAGCGGCUCUUCUCCGUGCCCCCGGACCUGCCGAUGGACACCCGCAACCUCAGCCUGGCCCACAACCGCAUCGCGGCCGUGCCCCCCGGCUACCUCACGUGCUACAUGGAGCUCCGAGUGCUGGAUUUGCGCAACAACUCCUUGAUGGAGCUGCCCCCGGGCCUCUUCCUCCACGCCAAGCGUUUGGCACACCUGGAUCUCAGCUACAACAACCUCAGCCAUGUGCCAGCUGACAUGUUCCAGGAGGCCCAUGCACUCGUGCACAUCGACCUGAGCCACAACCCGUGGCUGCGGAGGGUGCACCCCCAGGCCUUCCAGGGCCUCCUGCAGCUCCGAGACCUGGACCUCAGCUAUGGGGGACUGGCAUUCCUCAGCCUCGAGGCCCUGGAGGGCCUGCCCGGGCUGGUGACCCUGCAGAUAGGAGGCAACCCCUGGGUGUGUGGCUGCACCAUGGAGCCCCUGCUGAAGUGGCUGCGGAACCGGAUCCAGCGCUGCACAGCGGAUUCUCAGCUGGCUGAGUGCCGGGGUCCCCCAGAAGUGGAGGGUGCUCCCCUCUUCUCACUCACCGAGGAGAGCUUCAAAGCCUGCCACCUGACCCUGACCUUGGAUGAUUACCUCUUCAUCGCAUUUGUGGGCUUCGUCGUCUCCAUCGCGUCCGUGGCCACCAACUUCCUCUUGGGCAUCACAGCCAACUGCUGCCACCGUUGGAGCAAAGCCAGUGAAGAGGAAGAGAUCUGACAUGAGCGCCUCUCAUCCCUCCAUGCUGCCGACUGCCACUGCUGCCGACCAUUAGAGACCCCCGCCCUGGCUGCCCACUCUGGGUCCAUGGGGCCCUGGCCACCUCAUCAUGGCUCAAGUAAGGUCAGGAAACUAACUUUGCGUAAGCAUCUACUUUGGACGGUCACUGUGGUAGGAACUGGGUAUUGUGAGAUGAACGGAUCCAAUCCCAGCCCUCAAGUACUUCCUUCUAGUAGAGGAGAGAGAGCCCAAAACGAUCCGUUUGAUACAGCGUGUCAGUACACCAGACACAGAGUUAUGGAAGGUCACAGGCAGGGCCAUCAACUCUGCCUAGCAAAGUCCACGAGAAUUCUAAGUGGUGUGAUUUGUCAGAUGACUCAUCAAAAAAAAAAAAAAAAAAGUCCACUUUGUCACGUAGGCAAAGGAAGGUGAACAGAAGCAAAUGACAGAGGGCAGAACAUGCAUAGUAGGGGGAGAACAGUGAAUUAUUCCUUGCGUCUUGGGUGUACAGAGGGGGCGUGGCACAGGACCAAAACAUUCCCUCAGGCAUGCAAUCUGUCAGCCCUGAGCACCACCAGCCAUUGCCUCCAGAGAGCAAGAAUGCCUCCACGCCACGGCCGCCUCCUACAUGCAGCCACCAGGUGAGACCACCUCCCAGUGACUGCCUCUCCCUCCCCACCCAUACUUCAUCACCAACUGCAGCCUGCUGGUGAGGUUCCUGGCAGCAGCUGAGAAUGGACAUCUUCAGUGCCCAUUCUCCUACCUUGGUCUCCUGUCUCUCGCCCAAGCCUUGACUUCAGAAAAGGGAGGCAGGAGGCCUAGCAACUGGGGCACAAUAGUCCUGGCACUCUGGGACUCCAGUACCUGACUGCUCUUGCCAUGGUGCUCACACAAGGAUCUCAUCAGGAAAGUACACCCAUUCGGUGUCAGUGCCCAGGGCUAAGGGAGGACAACGCCACCACAGUCAUGACCGCAGGAGGGUUUGCACUACCUUCCAAGCAACUCCCCUAUUGAAGCAGAAAGGCGAGAGAGCUGUUAAUUACUGAGCACUUGCCAGUGUUAGGCACUGUGAAAAGCUCUCUCCACAGACAACUCCCUUUAACACACACCGCCACGUGUAGAGGCGAAUGUUGUUGUUCCCAGGUUACAGGUAAGAAAAUCGAGAUUCAGGAAGGUUAAAGUCGUGUGCCACUUAAUGAGCAAAAGGAAGGCUGAGCUCUUUCCACUGCCCCAUCCAAGUGGGGAAUACCAUAUUCCCUUCUCAAGUGAUCCACAUUCCAAUCCGAGAAGUGCUGAUGAGGUUCCUAAUAAGGACCGGGCACUCCUCUGGGCACGUUUGUAUCUAUUGGCUUAUUUAUCUCAAUUCUCAGGCAACCCAACCUGGUGGUUUUUGCUACUCCCACUUGACAGGCAAAUUAAGUAUAGAGAGCUGAGAAAUUUACCCAAGGUUAUCUGGAUAAACCCUGGAAGGAAGGUGGUAGAAAACUCCAUCCAGGGAAACUGUGCCUAAUCAGUGGGUCAAGAACCAAGUCACUUGAUGUGCAAAAGCACAAUGCUCAUCAUGCUGUCGUCAUCUUCGUGUUUUUCACCAGUUUUAUCGGCUUCGUCAUUGCCUUCCCCAUGUCUCUUCAGCACUGGAUAGUUAAUGAAGUGCCGUGGCAUUGGUGUCCUUGACUCUGUUCAACUGAACUCUGUGCAGGAAGCAAACCGAACAUCAGUAAUUCUAUCUGGAAUUCCCAUCUGGAAUUUUGCAGAUGAGAAAAUGGAGUCUCAAGAUUGCCUAAGUGGCAAAAUUGGGGCUUUAUUCCAACAUGAUUCUUUUUCCAGUGCCUUCCCAGGUGCUUGGGUAAGAGAAUGCUUGGCAGGGUUGGGAAGUGGGGCUGUGAAUUCAGCGUCCAUGAAUAUGUGAGUAGAUGAGUUAAAUAAAGGGCAGUAAAACCCAGUUGCUGUGUAGACUGAGAUAGGCUGAAGGUAGGACAAAUUGCAGCCUCUGAAACACAGGGGCACCACAGGUAGCAUUUGAAUAGGAAGUAAAUAAAGCAUUAGAACUGGUGGUCAUGCUGGCAGUCAUGUAAAAAAAUAUUAAAUCUCUGGGAGGCAGAAUAGGAAGCUACGUUAAUCACUCCCACUCGAGCCCUGCUGUGUCAUGUUGGCAAGAGAGACUAAAGGAGAGGGGAGAUCUGUAGUGAGAACUUCUGCCAGGGAGAAGGAAACUUUAAAGUACAAUCCAACAUGCUGGCAAGACCAGUCAAAGUGAGAAUAAAAACGGAGGAUGUCAAACUUGCCCUCAGCCCCAGCAGGCUCCCUUCAUCCCAUCCUCCGGCAGUCCUAAGACAGAUGAAGAAGGAUAACACAUCAUCUUCCACGAAGUCUUCCCCGCUCAUCGUCCCUCAGCUAGCCAACCAAAUGAGCCCCCAGAAACUUUGCUAGGCCUGAGGGACUUGAACCUUGCAGCUCCUGACUCUCACUUCCAGUAUCUGGGUGUUCCUGUGACACCUGAAGCAGAUCUGCACCCCCUUUCUCUUCUUCGGCCAUGGCCCAGGAUGGCAAACUCAAGUUGCUUGAUCUCUACCAGCAGGCAAGUUGACAGCCUAAAGUAUCUGGAGAGGAACUAUUAAGAAUAAUUGUACUGAUAAAAUAGUUAAGCUUCCCAUAGAGGGGCACAAUAUUCACCUAUAAUAAUCUCACAGGGGACUGUCGUUUGCUGAAAUAUAGUUAAUAUAUAUGUUUUUGUGUAGAACUAGAACCAGGCAAGGCACCAAAUGCCACUUGAUAUCAGCGGUCCUAUCUAGUUGGACAGCUUGAUCUCCAUGAAUGGCAAAGUUUUCUGAGCAGGCUACAAGGCUUUUAAAUACCAGUUGUUUCUUCAGCUGCUAAAAAGUCCCCAGUUAACAAAGCACAAUGAGGAAAACACUCAAUGUUCCUACUGCCAAGGGAGUCCCUGUUUCUCCCACCACUACCACUGUCCUGUUCAGGUGAUCAGAAGCAACUUUUUUGGAGUAAUCUAGCAAUCUUGAUUAUAAUUGCUCCCAUGUCCCUGAUGACCCCAAAAGUCAUGUUGACGUGCAUUCCCAUAAAGCGUCAUUCAGCUUGUCCCCAACUGGUUAACAUGUAUGUGAUGGGAAUCUCUGCACCUUUAUGUUUGUUUGCCUGAGAGGUUCCAUUCAUGCUAGUUGUCUGAUGACUUAGGGGAGAUCUCUUUGGAAACUGGGUUCAGUUAUCUGACAUCGUCCACUCAGUCAUCUGGCUGUAGCAUUGUUUGAUGCACUAAGAUGGAACCCCACCAGGUUUGGGGUGGGGUAGGCUACUCAGAAAACAUCAAAAGAGAGCAUUCUAUAGUGGAGACAUCCUCAUGAGAACCUGGUUCCCCCAUGUUCCUCUAUUAUAUUCUAGGCCUGGGACCCUUAUCCUUAUCCCAGACUCUUUCUUCAUGCUGGGCCUGAGGAUAUCAGAGUUUACCUAGCCAAGGUCUAGGCCAAGAAAAUCAUUCUUUGUGAAAAGAUUCCACAUCUGCACCACACCAAUCUGGACCAGUUGCCUCUGGUCACUCUCAGAAAAACCCUCAUUUUCUGCUCACCCCUUCCCACAAAGAUUCCCAGGAAAGCCUUGCAGAAAUCAGUCCCCAGAGUGGCUGUAGAGUUUCAUGGCUUCUUUCAAGGAACCAGAUGCAUGGAAUUUGAAUAACCUAAGACAGCUUUUUUCUCUUCAACUAUAGAGGAAGACUUAUAA